AUGACUGAUAACAACCAUACAGCGAACCAGGCUUACUGCCGUGGUCGCGCGAUCCCCACCGAAUUGACCCGCACGAUCCCCGCUGUACAAAAGGUUCUAGCGUCAAAAGACCAAUUCGAUACGUGGACAUUUGCGGUAAAGGAUAGCCUACGGGCGUUAAGAUUAGAACAAUUGAUACAAAAGGACAUUGCUCGACCAGCUCAGGAUGCAGCCAACUACGCGGCAUGGGAAGAUAUGUCGCUACAGGUGGCCAGCUGGCUGACGGGCCAAGUUUCAGAGGAAUAUCAGCGACGUCUACAGUCGUACAGCAAGAAUAUCGACAUGGCAGACGAUCGAUACGAGGCGAUAAAGGACAUCGCGUUAGGAUCAGGAACGUUGCGCUUGAAGGCUGCUGCGCUAAAGCCCAUAAAAAUGACAAGACAACAAUUCGCUUCCCCUGCGGACUACAUGAAGGCUUAUAUGGCAGCUACGAUGGUCGCAGAACGACUGAAAUGCGAUGCAGGACCUUACGUCUCAGCCCUGCUGUUGAUACACGAGCUCAGGGACGAUAUGCCAAACUGGGCGUACAAUAAGCAGGAACAAAUGACAGAAGAACCCGGGACGUUCAAUUAUGACCACUUCCGCGAGCUAUACGACUCUGCGAUGGCCACCUGGGAAGCUUCAAAUGUUGAGAUAUCCGCGGCCGCUCAUCGCGCGCCUCGGCCCAACAACCAGAAUAAUAACAACUCUAGCGACGUGCAUAAUCCAAUGAACGAUCCAGCACACCACGGGCGAAAGCUUCAAGAUGGGCCAGCACCUGGUUGCAAGCACGAUCACUGGAGACAAACAAUUCUAAAUGGAACACCACAGACGACUGACGGUCGCUGCACAUACUGCGGGAUGCGUGGCCACAGUGUCAAGAAAUGCUGGUAUCUCAUGCCUGACCUUCGCAGGGAGGGCUGGAGACCGUGGAGAACGAUCUGGGCGUACAAAUAUCGCUAUAAUCACGACGACGAGAAGCCCAAAAAUAGCCCGUCAGUGCCAGAUCGAAGGCAAAGCCAAAAUACAGCGAAUAAUCCACAACAAACUGCGCCUCCGGCACCACCUCCAACGGGUCAAGGAGGAAUAGCAGUCACAUACGACGCGGAUGGGACCGCGGAGUUCAGAUUUGCAGGCGCUGCGGUCGACAUGCCGCUAGCAGCUAAAGCUAUACGUGUGACUACCAACGAGCAAGGCAUACAACAGACUGCGGUGACGUCGACAGCGAUCUGGAUCGUUGACUCAGGCGCCUCACAGCAUCUCAUCGGGAACCGCGCGUUAUUUAAGACUUUAUAUGAAUAUGGACCGAACGAGCAAGCUUACCGCCACAAAACAGCAGGUGGAGGCAUCGUAUCGGCAAAGGGAUAUGGAACAGCAAACGUACGUCUCUAUCACAACGGCGCGUGCGUUGAUCGCGAGAUCUCUGCUUACUACAAUCCCGACCUGGAUUUCAAUAUGUUGUCGACGGAGAAAAUGAAGCAAGAUAUGCGCGCCUCUUGGAGCUCAAAAGAUCUCUAUAUCCGCGACUGGGAUACGAAUGACAUCCUGGGCUCUACGUACAACUUCCACGGAGUCCCCAGAGUGAUAGUGUUCCCAAAUGACGAUCUUAUCCUUGCGGCAUUGAAUAAGAAGCAAAAGAAGGAGAAACAACACAAUAUGGAGCAACGCCAGCUUAGUGAAAAGACGGCGGAGGAGGACGAGAAGGUGCUUACGCACGAAGAGAUCCUUCUAGCGCAUCGUCGACUGGGUCAUAUUGGCCUGCCAAAGCUACGAAAGGCGCUCAACAACAACAAGAUCGAAUCCUUCGUCUGCGACGUCUGCAGGGAGAACAAAGCGCGCAGACAAGUCUCGCGAGAACCUCAGAACCUUAGAAGCCUUGAUGAAGGAGACCCUGCGGCCCUCUGGUAUGCAGAUGUCCAGACAGUUACGCCAAAGGGGGUGGGCGGCGAGGUCAUGUACGUAGUCGCGGUCAAUGCAGCGACACGGAUGACUAUCUGCCUGCUUAUAAAGGAAAAGAAACACGCGGCAGACGCGAUGAUAGCCUUUACGAAGCACCUAAAGGUCCAAACUGGUCAGUAUCCACGCGAGAUCCUUCUAGAUGGUGGAACAGAGUUCUUUCGCUUCCGGAGAUGGGCCAAGAGGAAGGGAAUAAAGGUAAAUCCCACUCCACCAAGAACGCCAGAGCCCAACACAUCUGAAAGGUUCGGCGGCUACGUCAAUGAGAUGGCACGCUGUAUCCUGGAUGAGGCAGGACUUCCCUGGAAGCUCUGGCCCUACGCAAUUGAAAACGUGGCACAUACGAUCAACCGUCUCCACCGUCCAAAUGACAAGGACAAAAGACCACCUAUACAGAAGUGGCGCGAAUGGUGGCGGAUCAAGGAUCCCCACGCCUCAAUAGAACACUUGAAGGUCUUUGGUUGCCGCGCGUGGGUGCAUAUUCCGGCUGAAGAUCGCGUGAAGUCGCAGAAGAUGAGCCCACGAGCUCAUAUUGGCUACUACGUUGGUACGGAAGGUGACCACGGUCACGUUUACCGCGUUUGGGUACCGAAGACGGGCCGUAUACACAGAUCCCGAGACGUUACCUUCGACGAAUCGAGGCUAUACAACGACGACCAUGACGAUCACGGCAUCCCGAUUGAAGAACCCUCUGAAGACGAAAUCCCCGAACCCGGCAAACCUUUCACAAUCACCGUACAACCCGGCAUACCGAACACCGAAGGUCUCGAGGACCAGGGGGAGGAACAAAUGGAACAGAAUAAUAGUGGAGGAAACACUGGAGAAGAGGACGACGUUGAAGGGGGUGCGGAGACUCCUACGGAGGCAGAUCUACAUUUGACGCCUCCAGAGAGCUCGCAGCCUCAGAGACAGCAAGGUCCGUUCACACCAGAUAGCCCUACGCCAGCAAUAUUUAGAAACGCUAGUGGUGAGCCAUCCCGUCGAGCUCUGUACAAUGCAAGCCGUCGAGGAGCUCGGGGAUCGUCUCGGGGACUGGUCCGGUUACCUCUACCAAGGCCUCUGACGAGUUUUGACCGCCUUCCUAUACAGGAAGGAGCUAUCAAUCCUCAAAGAGUGCCGGAAUCGACGAAUCUCUGGGAGAUAAGUCACCAAAACACUUCUCCGCGGGGAACCUUUGCAAAUGAGGAAGACAUACGGACCACCAACAGGCUCAACCUCUCAGACUAUCCACGGAUUGCUGAGCAGGCUCUGCAGCAAAGCGAGGAAAUGGAAUUAGAUGAGGAUAUGGGCGAGGCAGAAGAACUACACCAUGUCCCUAACCCUGUCGUACCACAAAAGCGAAACAUCUCUUCCCGCUUCAUUGAACCUGUUGGAGCAGAAAAGAAUCGAAAGCUAGAUGAUGUGACCUCUGCAGACGCACGGGGAAAGCAGAUUCGCACCUCAACGAGGACUACAAAAGGUCAACCACCUGGCUGGCUUGGGAACGAGCAAGCCCUCGCGGCCUUGGAUGUUGUUGAACCAAAUGAAGUCCUCCGCGCCUCGGAAGUCGUCAUCCCACAAACCUACAAGCAAGCAAUGAAGUCGAAACAUGCAGAUCGUUGGUGGGCGGCGAUGAAAAGGCAAUAUGACGAGAUCACAGGAAUGGAAACCUACAGAAAGGUCUCUAGGCCAAAACACAGCGAAGGACACUACGUUUUACCAGGCAAAUGGGUCUACGCCCUCAAGCUCAACAAGGAGAAUCGCGUGCAGAGAUUCAAGGCUCGCUGGGUAAUCUGUGGCAAUAGACAACGUCCUGGUGUUGACUUUGAUGACACCAGCUCACCUGUCCCUACAGAUCCCGCGAUCCGUAUGUUCCUCACGAUGAUCGCCACUAAGAAGAAACGUUGCAAACAGGUAGAUAUCGUGACGGCUUUUCUAUACGCGAUGAUGAAAGAGCGGAAAAUAUUCAUGCGACCUCCACCUGGCUUCGAGGACGAUGAUGACCAGGUAUGGCUAUUACUCAAAGCUUUGUACGGCCUGCGACAGGCGGGUCAUUUAUGGUGGAAGAGAAUAAGCGAGAAGCUGAUCGCCAUGGGAUUCAAACCGCUUGUUGAAGAACCUUGCAUUUUCCAAAGGGGAACCACAUACAUUAUCAUCUACGUAGAUGACCUUCUUGUCACCGACGAUACUGAUGAAGGAAUUGACGAGGUUAUCCGCGAGAUCAACGACGAUAUGCAGGUCAAGGUUAUUGGUGAGCCGGCAAGGUUUCUUGGUUGCGCGCUGACGCGGGAAAACGAUACAAUUAUUAUGGACCAGAAGGGAUAUACAGAGGACCUCCUAAUUGAGCACGAGAUGUCGUCGUCAAAUGGGGCAGACUCGCCAAUGGCCUCUGGAUAUCGCCAACAUCGCAUGAAGAUCGCGAAGCAUCUGGCGGCUGGUGAAACCACCGUCAUCGACACAGACGCCGUGGAAGACGACCUUCAGGAGCCAAAUGAACCCUACGCGUCUCUCCUAGGUCAAUUGAACUGGCUAGUCGUCAAAACUAGGCCAGAUAUCGCCUACGCAGUCUUUAGGCUGCAAAGAUACAUGCAAAAACCGCUGACUUACGACGUCAAGGCGGCGAAACGAAUCCUCCGCUAUCUUCGCUCCAAUAACCUUGCCCUUCAGCUAGGAUUGAAGCCAGAGGAGGCAGAAGAGGUCUACGUUGAUGCCGCUCAUCAGGAUCAUGAGAGCGGCCACUCAACCGCCUCAUUUAUAAUAUUUUACGCUGGCGCGCCUGUUGCGUGGUCAGCGAGGAAGGAAACAGUUCUAGCACCGUCUUCAACUAUCGCGGAACUAAUUGCUUUUGACGCGGCCGUUAAAGAGGCUCUCUACAUUCGAAAAUUAGCUGUUGCGCUCGGGAUGAGGGGUGACGACAAGCCACUACGAAUCCUUAGUGACAGUGACAACGCCAUCAAGAUGGUCAAGAAGCCCAAUCUAGCCGCUACACCAAGCGUUAGAUGGCUUGAUAAUCGCUGGUUCUUCGUGCACGAGCUGGUACAGGACAAGAAGAUCGAAUUUCAACACAUUGAUGGGGUGAAAAAUACCGCGGAUGGCCUUACCAAGCCACUCGACGGCCCUGUUUUCAAUGAUUUCAAGAAAAGACUUCAUAUGGUUGUGUAUGGAGGAGAAAGGGAUUGA